AUGGAGGAGCAUGAAUACUCAGGAUACUGGGAACCUCCUCCGAAGCGUUGCUGCUGUGCCCGACGGGGACCACAGCUCGUCCUGGUGGGGCUGCUGAGCACAGCAAUGUGGGCCGGCAUGCUGACCCUGCUUCUUCUGUGGCACUGGGAAACCGAGAAGAAUCUGAAGCAGCUGGGAGACACCGCCAUACAGAACGUCUCUCAUGUUUCCAAGGACUUACAAAGAUACCAGAGUAAUCAGUUGGCCCAGAAAUCCCAGGCUGCUCGGAUGUCACAAAGCGUGCAAGAGCUCCAAGCUGAACAGAAGCAGAUGAAAGUUCAGGACUCUGAGCUCUCCCAGAACCUGAACAGACUCCAAGAGAAUUUCAUUAACGUCAAAUCCCAGAACUCUGAGUUCUCCCAGAGCCUGAACAGUCUCCAAGAGGAUCUAAUCAACAUCAGAUCUCAGGGCUUGAAUGAGAAGCGCACAGCCUCAGAUUCUCUGGAGAAACUCCAGGAAGAGGUGGCAAAGCUGUGGAUGGAGAUGCUAAUAUCAAAGGGAGUAGCAUGCAGCACAUGUCCCGAGAACUGGCUCAAUUUCCAACAGAAGUGCUACUAUUUUGGCAAGGGCUCCAAGCAGUGGAUCCAGGCCCGAUUCACCUGCAGUGACCUCGAAGGGCGGCUGGUCAGCAUCCACAGCCAGGAGGAGCAGGACUUCCUGAUGAGACACACCAACAAGCAGGAUUCCUGGAUUGGCCUCCGGGAUCUCGAUGUGGAGGGAGAGUUCGUAUGGAUGGACGGAAGCCCUGUGGGUUACAGCAACUGGAAUCCAGGGGAGCCCAACAACGCGGGGCAGGGUGAGGACUGCGUGAUGAUGAGGGGAUCCGGCCAGUGGAACGAUGCCUACUGCCGCAGCUACCUGGAUGCCUGGGUGUGUGAGCAGCUGGCCACAUGUGAGGAGGCAUCUGCCCCUGUAGCCUCUGUGAGUCCAACAGGACCCACUCCAAAAAAUGGAUCCUGACAAACCCCUGCCCACCCUCUUCUGGAUUUCUCAUCCACUUUCAUCAUGGAAACAGCCAGGCCCUCAGGAUCCCCUAUCAAGGCCUGGGCCUCCGUGAUUAUGCUCCCAACCGUACUGAAGCAGCUGGUAGAUGCCAGCUCCCCAAAUAGCCUCUACUGCUCUCCAACUAAGCUGACCAUCCCAUUCCCUCUGCCCUCCUGAAACCAGAGCCCCAGCCAUGCAGCAAGCUCCCUCCUACCUGCACGCACGUACGUGGGCAGCUGAGCCAUCCGGGGAGCUGAGAAGACUCCUCCGAUCUAGUUUGCCCUUCCUCCCACUCUCUGCAUCACACAGAGGUUCCCUCUCCCCGGGGCCUGGGAGCAAAUCCUCCCACCAAGUUUGCAUGUAUCAGUGACAAGGGACCAUGGCUGGUCCCCAGCAUUCCUCCCCUCCUUGGAGGCCACA